CUCUAGUAGGCUACAAGUCUGUACUCUCUACUUCCAAGGGCAAAUGGCAGUCUGUCACGCCUAACCUCAAACGCCUGCAUCGGAAGCCAAAGUGCCCCACCAUGUCGGUCCAGGCUCUUUAUCAACCUCCCCUCCGAUGCCAUGCAACAAUCCGAAGUGCUCGUCCACAUCUCCGCACCCAGCACCGUGGGCGAUGAUGCCAGCUACCGCGCUCAAGUCGAAGCCAUCCUCGGUUUCCAGCCCUUCUCGCGUCAGGUCAUAACCUUGCGAUCAGACGACAGCGACCCCGUCCCCACUGCAACGGAAGCCGGUCCCUCCUAUACCCAGGGACCACACAAUGCCAGCUCUUCUACACCCAGGCCUCCAGACCCUGGAGCAACCUCAUCAGUCCAGCGACAACGUCAUCAUGACAAAGACUCGCUCGAAACCCCCCUGAGUGUCAUUCCAGAUUCUCAGCCUGAGCGAAUACCCCUUGAGCCAGUCGACUUGCAGGAGAUUGCUCUUCCCCAAUCAAGUACAUCUCGUCGCAAAUCGACUGAUACAAAUGGCUUGCCUCCUCCUACAAAGCGAAGUUGUCUGGAUGUCCCUCCACUGGUGACGGAACAAGCACGCAACAAUACACCCCCCUCAGACGAGCGUCUCAACAACGACAAAUCGCCAAAUAACACCACCACCACCACCGCCACCAAAGAAGAAGUCAUUAGAACCUCAAAAGACAACACCGUACACCUCCCCCUAGAAAUCAAGCCAAACCCACCCCCCAUCUCAGCAAACCCCUUCACAACCCACAUCACCCCCACCCUAAAAAUGCUCUCCAUCCGCCUCAACCCCUCCCGCACAUACACACCCAUCAACCAAACCCGACCCCUCGACAACCUCGAGAGAGGACACUGGUAUCUCCGCCUCAAUCUCUCCCCAAAUCCAAACUCAACCUCCAGCUCCACCUGGGAGAUGCCAUUCUUCAUGCGCUUCUGGACCUUUCUAACGGAUUUCAUCGCCAAAGAAGGCCGCGCCGGCUGGGGUGUCUGGUGCCUUCUGGAGGAUAAUGGCUCAGAUAAACCUGCAAAUGGCCUCGAGGAUGGUGGUGAUGAGACAACAACGAGACCAGUAAUCCUGAAGGUCUAUGCGUGGGGUGAGAUAGCUUCUCAUAUAUACCUACUCUUAUUCCUAGCGAGUGAGCGUCGCGUCCGCAGAAUGGGGCUGCAAUGGCGCGAUAGUGCAGAUGAAGUUGUUAUUCAGAUGCCGUAGUGAUGGGUGGAUGGGCUGAUACCCACCUCCUAUCUCCCCCCAAAGAGAUUUGGGGGUUCUUUUCGUAGUAUAUGAUACUCGUGGAGCAUCAGCGAUGCGCUAUAUAUGUACAUACUACUAUAACUGUCAGGGAUGGUAUAUCCUAAUCUGUGAUUUCAUUUUGAAAUACUACUUUUGCGUGUGAAUGGAAGCCCGUCCCUCAUACUGAAGGUAGGAUGCGUCUGUCCAAUACAGCGGGAAGGACAAAGCAAGGCAAUUGUAUCUGGCCAUAUGUCAUUGAGCUUAUGGUACGAAGAUAUCGAGCUGAUAGAUAAGAUAGAUACUAUGG